CUAGCCUUGCUUCUUCAUAGUGAAAGUCGCCAAAGGUUUCGCCUGUAUGUAUAUGUACGAAAAAAAGUACAUAGUCGUUGAUUUGGUGGAUUUUAUAAAAGAGUAAAAUAAAAUAUUAUAAUUUUCUAGUAAUCAAUUACGCAUCUCAAGUUUUUGUCUCAAAAGAGCUUAAAGCAAAGCUAUCUUAAGUUUGAAAAAUUAUUCAUUUUCACUGCAUUAAUGAGAUCUUGAAUUGUUUGCGAUACUUGAUGUACUAAAUUUAAUGAUUUCUUUACAAGCAGAUUAAUGUAUGAACGAAUCAAGUAGUUGAAAUAAUUUAACAAUCAAUUCAAAGUUAUGAGUUUGUAAACGUAGAUAUGCGGACAUGAGAAGGAAAUUAGCUGUGAAUCAUUGACUAGGAAGUCGUGAAAUUUAUCUUUUUAUACUUCGAAAUAGUGAAUAUUAUUCUAGUCUCUGUCUCUUAAGUAGAAAAAUUUAUUUCCGAAAAAUCGUUUUCAUCUCACUCGGAUUCACUCUCAGAAAGCUUGACAUCUAUCAAAUGCUUUUUUUAUAAUUGAGUCAAAUGUAAUGACUGCAUUAAAAUCGAGUUCAUUUUCAUAAGGAAUUUCGGUGAAAAUAUAAAUUUCGGAAAUGGCACGCCGUAGAAAAAACGAAGCAAAACCAAGUGUAAAAUCGCCACAAAAAUGUGUAGCGGUUCGAAAAUCCAGUCGACAAAUAGCAAAGAAGCAGCAGCAGGAGCAAAAGGUUAAUGGCGAUGUUGUACAAUCUAGUUCCAAUAAUUCCGAUGAUUCAAAAGACAGUCACGACGAAACAGAAGAGAAAUUAUCAAAUUCGAAAUUAAUUUCCGAUGUUCAGAAAAAAUUGCAAAAAUGUCGUCGACCACUAAACUGCGAAGAGACUAUCACCACUAAUGAAGUAAUCACUUUCAAGGAAGAAGAUAGACAAAACGAAAUAGAAAUUCUCGCAGAAAGCCAGUCAAAAGAAGAAGAGAAAUAUUCAAAAGAUUUACUUCUAUGUCUUUCAAGUCCAAAUAACGAAGCUCGUAACAAUAAUACAUCCCAGGAAAUAUGGUCCGAAGACGUUAUCGAGGAAACAAUUAUUUGCGAGGAAAUGGAAGUUGAAGAAAUCAUCACCGAUGGAAAUUCACAAGACAAUAGUGUUGUCGUUGAGCAGGUAUUAGUUGUUAACGAACCAGAGUUCGAUAAUAAAAAUGUUGUCGAAUUUACUGUGAUACAAAAUGCAGAUGGAACAGAAUCAAUGCUAAUGACUUCUCAGCUUGAAAAUAUCACUCAACAGGACUGUGAGAAUGAAAAUAUUUCUCAAAAUAUCGAAAAAGAUAUCGAAGAUUUACGAAUGGAUGACCUCGAUAUUUCAACAGAGCAAAGCAAUAAAGAUGAAACUAAAUUUGAAUUUGAGAAUGAAGUAAUAGAGGAAAUGAAAAUUAUCGAUUCUAAUAACUGUAAUUAUAUCUCUAGUGAAACUGAUGUUAAUUUUGAAAAAAGUGAUGAACAACCACAAACUCUAGGUUUACUGGAUAAUUCAUCGAAUGAAAGCAGCUACAAAGGACAAGUAUCUGAUUUUAAAGAUAGUGCUGAAAAUCUACAAAAUUCACAGGAAUCGGAAAUAUUUAUCGAUUCCUGUGUAGAGAAUUCUAGCGAAAAAUUAAUUCUUACAAAGAAAAUGCUACUAUUAAAGCAUGAUGAUAAAUCAAGCCCUUUGGAUAAAAUGAAACAAUUAAAAAUUCAUGACCACAUUAAUUGUGAUUCAGUAUCAGAGGAGGAUACAAGCUCUCAAAUUGUUGCUGGGGAGAAAGAAACUCAAGGCAAUGAAAAAUUAGACAAUUGCCAAUUCAAAAAUGAAAAUAGUUCCAAAACUUUAACUCAGUCGCAAAUUGAGGAACAUUCGCAAGACAGUGAGGCGGAUAGAAAGCAAGAUGUUGAAGACGCUAAAUUGUCGAGUGGCAGUGAAAAUAGUAGCGAUACUAGUUAUAAAUUUCCAGAUUCGAAUCCCGAGAGUAAAAAUACACAAAAUUCGAAUGAAGUUGAUAAAAAGGGUGAAUUUCGAUGCCGGAGCGGAAGUAUCGAUACAAGCAUGGAAUCCACUUCUAAUAGUUCUGGAGUUCGUCGUAGUACUCGAAUUCGAACUAUAGGAUUAAUGAAACAAAGAUCACGUGGAAGAGGUUUGGUGACAAAACCAAACGUGGAUAUGUCGAGAACAGCUUUUCAACAAGAUCGGGACAAAACAAGCAGCAGUAACUCUCCAAUAACUACAGAGCAAAAAGAUAUUUCAGACAAUGUAUCUGAGACUCAGUCUGAUAAAGAAAAUUGUAAUUACAAAUUGAUGUCAUCCACUGAUUCCUUAAUCAGCUUGUCAGCUAGUAAUACGACCACCGGUUACGAUUCUGAUUCCUCGAAACCCGUGAAAGUUAAAUCGCGGUGGCGUAGAUCAAGUGAAUUGGAAAUGGGUGGAACGAGUUCAUUUUCAGGAGCACGAAUCGGUACAAACUUUAAAUUUUCUGCUGGAGGUAUUUCCGGUGCUGCUUUAACUGAGUCCAGAGCAGAAGCAGGAACAGAUGAAGAUGCAUUUAUAUCUGAUUCUCUUGGGAAAAUGGAAAAUUCUGUUGUGUCACCUUCGUCUAAUGCAGAAAGUGUACGUCCUUCAGACUCUUGUGAAAAUAGAAGUAACACCACUUCACCUAUAACUACAGAAAUUCCAAAGAUUGUAGGUGCUAAAAUUUCAUUGCCAAUGGUUUUGGAAGUAAAAGACAGGGAAAUGGAAGAAAGAUUAAGUCAAUUUGAGAACCUUAAAGAGAACCUCUAUCUUACCGAAAGAUUCACAAACAAAGAACAUAAAAGAAUGGUGUGUGAUUGUUUUUUAACGGAGGAGGAAAUCGAGCGAGGCGAAUUAGGUUGCGGAGAAGAUUGUCUCAACAGGCUUCUUCUUAUCGAAUGUGGAUCUAGAUGCGUUGUUGGAAGCAGAUGUACCAAUAAACGAUUUCAGAACUGCGAUUACGCCAAAUGCGAAGUUUUUCGAACUGAAAAGAAAGGAUUCGGUCUUCGAGCUACAGCUGAUCUUGAUGCAGGAGAAUUCAUAAUGGAAUAUGUGGGAGAAGUCGUUGAUCCUAAAGAUUUUCGUAAAAGAACCAAGGAGUAUUCAAAAGAUAAAAAUAGACAUCAUUAUUUUAUGGCUUUAAAAUCUGAUCAAGUUAUUGAUGCUACUAUGAAAGGGAAUAUUUCUCGUUUUAUAAAUCAUAGUUGUGAUCCGAACGCAGAGACACAAAAGUGGACUGUAAACGGAGAGUUAAGAAUUGGAUUUUUUAUUAAGAAAUUUAUAGCAAAUGGAGAAGAAAUUACUUUUGAUUACCAUUUCCAACGUUAUGGGAAAGAAGCACAGAAGUGUUUUUGUGAAGCUACAAACUGCCGAGGAUGGAUAGGAGAAACUCCUGAGGAAGAAAAAGAAAAGACUGAAAAGAAAGAAAAGCGCGAAAAGGAUGUAACAAGAAAGAAGAAGGAAGAGAAGAAACCUACCGAUUUUAUGGAAGAUGAAGAUCUGGAGGAGGAAAUUGAUAAACUUUGCUCCGGUGGAUUAAAGAAUAGAAAUCAUACUUUAAAUUUAAGUCGUUUAAUGGUUCGCAGUAGAGAAUUAGAGCAUCGAACACGCCUUUUACGCGUCAUACAAAAUGGAGAGCAGCCAUGUCGCAGAUUAUUCCUCGAUUAUCAUGGUCUGCGUUUAAUAUGGAGUUACAUGAUGGAUGUCGCUGCAGCAGAAACUGAACAAGUUCAACAAUUUAGAUUAGAAGUGCUAAAAACAUUAACUACACUGCCAAUUCCAAAUAAAACUAUGCUCAUGGACAGUAAAGUUUACAGCGUUGUUGAAAAGUGGUCGAAACAAUCAUUUUCAUCGCCAAGUGGCGAAUCACCGGAGGACGAGCAAACAAAAUUGAAAGAAGAACCAGACACCGAGAGUCCCAAUAAAAGUACUAACUUGACUAACGUCAAAGAAGAAAAGGAGGAACAGGAUAAUAACUUGAAACAGGAAAAGGACCAUGUACUUAUUACUGAACUUGCCGCAAAUCUUAUAACAGAUUGGUCUAAUUUGAAGGAGGUUUUCCGGAUACCAAAGAAGGAAAGGAUCGAACAAAUGAAGGAACAUGAGAGAGAAGCAGAUCGGGGAUAUAAAGAGGAACUCGAGAAGGAGCAGAAAAGAGAGACAUACGAAAGAAAGUUUCGUUUAUCGCAUUCCAGAUAUCGUUCUGAUCGAUAUACUCGAAGCGAAACUGAUAAACGGGACAGAAGACGAGGCCGAGAGUCACCAGACUUUGAAUACAGUCGAUCGAAAGACAAGAGAAUUGACGAACGCUCGAAUCUAAUACCCGUGCCAAGGAUGACAAAAUAUGAACGUCGACAACUAUUUGCUCUGAAAGUUGCUAAGGAAGAGGAGGAGAAGCAACGUCGUCAACAGCAAGAGUUGUGGAAGGAACACGAGACCCGAUGCUUGGCACUAGGAAUGGAUCCUCACACGACUGCUGCUCUUGAUCCUCAAACUGGUUAUCCACUGUUUUUCAAUUCUUCGGUGGGACAGUGGCAACCUUAUCCCAUACAGGAUGCUAGUGAACUGCAACAGCAGAUGACUCCCGUUUACGUUGGAGGUUCGCAAGCAAUAUCCGGUACCUCGCACCAAACUCCUCCAUUACACGUCCUACAAACUGGCAUUUCUGUUGAUAUUUCGCCAAGUUUGCAGGCCGCAAUGUAUCCCAUUAAUCAAACACCAACCUACAGUCAACAGACUAGCCAAUUUCCUCCCCCUCUCUCAAUUCCUUCACAGCAGUUUCAGGAAAGUCCCCUUCAAAUUCCAAACAAUCUAGUGCAAAUUCAUAACGGCACUUCAUCCAUUCCUGUUCAAGGACAAUCUCUGUUCAUUGACAAAUCCAUUGAAAAUUCUCCCUUUCAACCUGCUCAUCCGGUGGAAACGCAAAAACCACCGACACAACCCGAUAUACCGCCUCCUUUGGAUCUUCCUCCGAAGUGGAAGUGGGCAAAAGAUGAGCGCGGCAGGGUUUAUUAUUAUCAUAUUAAGGAAAGAGUAUCUCAGUGGUUACCACCCCCUCCAGACCAUAUUGGCGUACAACCGGAUUCAUCGACCUCUUCUGAUUCAAGUGAAGAAUCUAGCUCGUCAAAUGAAGAGGAAGAAGAUGUGGAGGAGGAUAAGAAUUCUGAUCGCACUACUGAAGAUAUGGAUGUAGAUAGCGUAUGUGAUGCCUCAGUAGAAGCAAAACAAUCUCCUUCGAAGAAACCCGAAGUGAAUUGUGUUGAAGUCAAGAAGAAGAGAGAUGGAUUGGUUCAGGAGAGAAUCAUCAGUCCACGAAGAGAAGAUGAUCGUAUAGAUCAUAAGAAAUAUAAAGAAAUGAAGGAGAAAAUACGACGUCAGAAGGAAAGAGCUCGACUGAAAGAUCACAUUGAUAAAGUUAGAAAACAUCGACGUAGCAACAAAUCCAAGGCUCAUUUACGACACAGUAUUCGACUUCAAACUGUAGCAGACGAUCCUUCACUCAGUGCAGAACGUAAAAUAAAGGACGCCUUUAGAAUAAAUAUGGCUAAUGUCAUGGUCCACUUCCUCAAUCCAUAUCGAAAAGGUGACUGCAAACAAGGGAGAAUCACCAAUACGGAAGACUUUAAACAUUUAGCACGAAAGUUAACACAUUUUGUACUAGCAAAGGAGUUAAAACAUUGUAAAAGUGUGGAUGAGUUGCAGUGUAAUGAUAAUGUAAAACACAAAGCGAAAGAUUUUGUACGUAAGUAUAUGAGCAAAUUUGGAGCUGUGUACCAGAAGAGUACAGACGAUGAAUAAUGACAGAUAUUGUGAUGUAAUUUUAUUAUUUAUUUUUUGCGGUCAUUUUAUAUUUAUUAAUUUUCACACACUACUUGAUUUACGUGUGUAUUGAUUAUUUUUCGAAUUUAGAUUUAGAUAGCGAUUAAAUGAAGUACAUUUUUAUUAUAGUAUUGAGAAAUACACUAUAAAUGACUCUUAAUAGUCUGAUUUCUUUUUUUAAUUAAUUCACUUUUGUACAGUUGUAAAAUUUUUUUUGAUGUUUGAUUAUCAACAAAAUUGUUAUUUUGUAAAUUUUCAUUUAUUUUAUUCAACAUUAUUUUAGCUCACGAAUAUAUACUAACGUACUAUUAUUUUUUUUAAUUGUGAAAGUAUAACUGAAGUAGGUGUCAACAUUAUUCUUGUACAUAUUAAAUCUUUACCAUAAAAACUGAUUUAAAUUUAA